GGCAGUGUCCACCUCUAACGCCUCCACCUUUUCUCCUUAAAUUUGUGUAACAAGUUAACACCUGCUUAAACCCAUCAGCUAUGAUUAAAUGCAGUGCAAUAAAAACCACUUCUUGGAUGUCUGAGGGAGCAACACGGCAUCCAGAAACAGGCUCGGUGGCAUUCUCCCGUCACGCUUGCAGCAAAAAUCAUCUGUCGCAGACACUCAAAGCAGAGCCACCUGUUACGCCCUAAGACGUUUUUUUUUUUUUUUUUUUAAUCAUGGAAAUGUUUUGCUUAUUUUGUUUCCCGGAUUUCAACUGACUAUCAUCGUUGCUGCUCUCCUGCCAAUCCAUCUUACUGACAGGGUGUGGGAGUGCAAUGACACUUGUGUUGCUGCCUGUAUGAAAGCAGAUCAGUAAUCCUGGAUCAGAGAGUACAAAGGGACCCCAGAGCGUUGGUGAUGCAAGCACUGUGUCCAGUGUCCAGCGCUUACCCCACAUGCUGCCUGGGAGGGGCCGAGGUGGGACAGGGAGGAACGUCCCUGCCGUGACUGACCCUGAAGACAAGCGAACGCUGAUACCGGCAGGCCAACCGGCAGCCUGUCUGCUCUGUCUCGGGGGCCUGCUGCCGAUGACCUGGGACACAGUGGGAAGUGCUCUCCAGCUCGCUGUGGAGGAAUGCAGCUAAGCUGUGAGGAGUGGUGGACUGUGUGACCGGGCAAACAGAGUGACUUACAUAUACUGUGCUUCAUUCAGGGAAGGCCACGUUGCUGCAGAUGUCCAUGGACUCGCUGCAGGACUCCAGUCACACAAUGUGGGGCCUGAAUGCUCGCUUGAAGAGCUUCUUGGAGCAGGUGAACCGGCUGCAGGAAGCCAACCAGCGGCUGGAGGCUCAGAUAGCCAGCUGGGGGGUCAGGAACACCUCGCGUUCCCAGGACUGGUCCAAACAGGAACAGACCGUCAAGGAGCUCCGUGCCCAGGUCGGUAAACUACUGAUGGAGAAUGCUCAGCUGGCUUUAGAGUCUGACAGCAUGAAGUCCAGAGCGGCUGCCAUCCAGGCCAGGUGCGAGACAGAAGAGAGGAACACCAGGCGUCUGGAGGAAGAGGUGGCUCUGCUCAGGGAGACCAAGAGGACGGCAGAUCACAGCAGCAUGAUACUGCAUGCAGAGGUUCAACGCUCCAUGACAGAGCUGCAGGAGAUGCACCGGGAAUUUGAGGCAGCCCGGGCUCUGCAGCUGCAGCGGGCCAGCUCCUGUGAUGCUCUGUUAGCGACGGCCACGGCAGCAGCAGCAGCAGGAGGAGGGGAGGAGGAGGAUGGCACAGGGAUGGAGCUCACCCAGCUCCUCGACCGAAUCAAAGCGCAGUGCGAACAGAGCAGACUCCCCAGCCCAGGGGAGAGACACCUCGGCCUGGGCGCCAUCUCAAAUCCAGCCCCCGGCUUGGUCGGGCCUCCUCGUGCUGGAGCUGGAGCAGCAGCAGCAUCCAGAACACACAGAGGUGCCCUCAGCGAGGAGGAGGCAGCGUGGGCGCAGGUGAGCCUCGGCGGCGCCGCCCUGAGGGAGGCACGGGCCGAGCUAGCCGAGGCCAGGAAGCAGUGGCACUCGCUGCAAGUGGAGAUUGAGACCCUACAUGCUUUGGAGAAAGGCCUGGAAACCUCCCUCCAGCACACCCAGAGGCUGUACUCCAGCCAGCUGCAGGAUCUUUCCCAGGUGAUCGCUGGGCUGGAGAGCGAGCUCGAGCAGGUGAGGAGCGGAUUGGCCACCCAGCGUCAGCGCCACAAUCAGCUUCUCAACACUAAGAUGAGGCUGGAGAGAGAGAUUACUACUUACCGCCGUCUGCUGGAGCGCGAAGAGGGAAGAUACAUGGGUCGUACUGCACAGCCAAUGGUUCUGCGGCCAUGGAGGUCUUCAGUCGUGGAGCCAAAGGAGAAUGGACUUGAAAAUGGCUUCAGUGACCUCGCCGUUACUCCAGACGAACCCAAGUCAGAGCCCCUCCCUGACAUACCUUCACUCCUCCCAACAGAAAAUGGGCUGAAGAAAAGCAUACUGUACAGACAGCGAAGCCUGGUGAUACUCACAGAGCCGGAACUAGAUAAGGACUUGCCAAUCUCCACUGUGAAGACUCAGGAGAUUCUUCAAGGCAAUGUGGUGCAAGAAAGCGCGGAGGGUCACGGCACCAUUGAGACAGAGAAGAUUGAUAAGGUGAUAAAGCAGUGGGAGGGCUCCUUCUUCAGGGGGAAUCCCAAGCUGAGGAAGAAGUCCGUGUCGCUGCGCUUCGACCUGCACAUGGCCGCGGCGGACGAGGGGUGCGCCCAAACUAAACAGGACAGCCUCCCCGACGUGGAGGUGCGUCUCAUCAUGAAGAGAUCCCGCAGCAUCCCGACCAUCACGCAGUAACUCGGUCACCGUUGGGCCCGAGCUGACACCGGUUUGCGGUAACAGAAAUAACAUUUGUGCCGCGACGGUGGGCAUGUUACCACCCGUCACCAUCGUGCUUAAUCUGAAUUUUAGCUGAUGAGUUCCCAUCAGAUCUCAUCUCUGACAGGAUGAUCAUUAACCAUCAGGCUUUUGUGGUGACCAUUUUUAUAGUGUCAGAAAGACUUACAGUCAUUACUUCACAGAGGAUAAGUAUUUCAUAUGUAAAACAUAUUUCUGCGUCAUCAUUUUAGAUGAAGAAAAGCUGUCUUUGAACACUUUGUUUCAGUUAGGUUUCACUGGAUUAAAGACAUCAUAACAAUGACUUUGCUUAACUACAGCAUUUAACCCUGAUUAGCACCUGGUACAGAAAGCUGAGAGCACAGGUAGACUUGGAUGAAUGGAGACACAGCACUAAGAGCUGCUGUGAACUACCUAAGAGUGGAUUUUCAUGUUUUGGUAGAUUUCCUGUGAGGGGCUGUAUGAAAAUUACAAAGUUUUGUUUUUUAUUUGUUUUUUUGUAGAAAUGCCAUAUAAAAUUUGUCAAUGUCGCAUAAUCGUUCCACUCCAGUCUGCAUCUCAGUAGAGAGCAGAGCAAAACAUGUGUAAAAACAUCAAUAAAUAGAUCAGAAUUGGAAAAUUGAUGGAAGAAUUUGGGAAAUUUUCCAUUUUCCCUUUUGAUAUGUGCAUCAGUGGCCACGUGAAAGUUAUUUUCCCAUCAGAUCAUUAACAUUUAAUUUAGAAGACAGUGUUAGUCUUUAAUCCUUCCACCGUGAGGUUUCUGUACUGGGAGAAAAAACUUACACACUGACCAAAGAAGCCGCCUGAUAUUAUUCUGACUGAAAUAAAAAUGCAAUCAAAGUUUAAUUUAAAUAGCACCUUUAUAAAUAGAGUUUACAAAGUGCAAAAGAAAAAAUCUGAGAAGGAAAACUUCUACUGAAAGUCACAUGAUGGACGAAAGAAUUACUGUGAUAGCUUUCAAAUGUUUCUCCUGCAUUAGGUACCAGUUAGUUUAACCUUAGCCUGGAAGAAAACUGUGGCCUAAUCAGAUUUUUAGGAGGGCCAUCUGAGAGCUAAAACCUACGUCUAUUAACCAGCCGAUAUUCGUUAACACUGGAUGGUUAGUAGAUGGACAUCCAGUCCCAUCAGGUAACCUUUAACCGUGCAGCACACUUGAAAAAAACAGAAGUUGACCCAAAGGUGUGAAGACCAAAAUGAAAAGCCCAGUUCUUUAUGGGCAGUCCCGAAGUGCUUUUCAGUUAUUCUGUGUAUAAAAAUGGAUGCGUUAGUGGCAGUACUGAGCAGGAAGUGCAGGUGAUCAGGUGAGAAGUCAAAAGGUAGCGAAUAAAACAGUGACAGGAAAAAUAUAAAAAGAAUAAAAAACCCACAAAUCAAAAUUAAUAACAAAUAUUAAUGAUGAAUUUAAAAAAUGAGUUUAAAAAAUAAUAAGAGAUCAUCAAAUAGAACCGAUUUAACAAUUGUUGGACAUAUCAGACGGGUCCAGACUCUGUGGGGCAAAAACAGAAAGACCAGGUCACCUUUGGGUUUCAGGUGAGAGGAGUCUGUAGUGAGGAUGACCUCUGAGGUGAAAGAGAAACAGAACAGAUGGAAACAGAAUGUUUGGGAUUCCAGCUCUGAGACGGGGUGGUUAUAAAAGCUUGUUUGCAAAUAGACAAAUGUGCCAUGAUUCAGGAGGUCAUCCAUCCAGUUUUCUAGCCACUGGAGCCAGUCCCCGCUGAAAGGCGGAGUCCUGCACAGAUCACAGAUUAAUUUUUAAAAAUGAAUUAAAAAAUGUAAAAAAAAAAAAAAACGUUGAUGGAAAAAUCAUUCUAACUAAUCUAAUAGUUCUAUAUACAUUUUUAAAUUACAUCCUUUAUUUAUCCCAAUAAAAGACAGUAACAUCUCUUUUUCAAAACAGCAGCAGAUACUUUAACAAUUUUAAACAUUUUAAACUGUCACACAGUUCAAACAAGUUCACGCAACUACAGAUCAUGCGCAAUAGCAGGUCAAAUUUCAUUGCAACUUACUUCAGUUUCCACAUUAUAACCAUCUCUGAUGAUUUCAGGUACAUAUAACAUCAAAUAUGUAGAUGAGUGUCUUAAACUUUGCUUUUAAAGUAAAGCCUUGCUCUGUGUCUGCUAAUUUUCAUACAGUCCCUUCCUGCUUUGCACUGCAGACACUCACAGCACUGAAAGAAAUCCAGAGUUUGUUUUACUCUGAGGUCUUUUGUCAUUGCGGUUAAUCCUCUGUGUGGGGAUUUUUAAAAAAUACAAUAAUAUAUAUUGCUACUGAAGCUGAUGACAUGGUGUUAUUGUAUGAUAUUCACUGUGUCCUAAACAGCAGUGAGAAUUUAGAUUUCCCGUCUUAACAGAGGAGGGCAGUGUUUGUAAAUAGUUACCACUGCAGUGUGUUCUCAGUGCUCCACUCGGUCCUGUAACACAUGCCCUGUUGCACCUUAGACUCAAGUUUUUAUGCUAUCUUUUGAGUUGGCACCAAAGAUAAAUAUAUAUAUAUAUAUAAAAGAAGCGGACCGCUGAGCUUUGCAUUUGGGUCCCUUAAAAUACGUUGAGAAUAUUUAAAAAAAAAUUACCUAUGCAGUUCUGUACUUGGUUUUGCUUUGCUUCAGGAAGCACACUCUUCAUUUUGAGAGCUCUGUAACUUCAGAAUGAAGCAUUAUGCUUUUAUCUAAAGAUUUAUCAUUUCAAAUAAAACAG